ACAAUUAGACACAAAAUUCCCUUGAUAUUUUUCUUCUUAAACCUACCAUUUUAGAGUUUUAUUUUUAUAUGAUUGGGAAUUCAUAAGCAAAAACUUGUAUACGUUUUUUUUUUUCCUUUUUUUUUAAUAUUGAAUUUUAUGGAAAGAGAUUUAUUCCUGAUAGAUUUAUUCCUAAUACUCAAACCCAAAUGAAUAUUUUAUCUAUGCAGUUAGCAUUUUUCUUUUGAAAAUCUGUUAAGUUUGAAUAUUUAGCUAAAAUAGAGAGAUUUGUUAAAGAAUGGUAAGCUAAAAUAACGUGUUUUUUGUUUUUUUAUUUAGCUAUUUUAGCUGGUAGUGUUGGAGUUGCUGUACCCAAAAAAUGGGACGAGAAAAACGAGCUGAGGAAGCCCUAAUCCUCCUUCGAAGCCGACUCUGCAACCCUAAUUUCAUCUUCACUUCUCUCUCUGACUCUCCCGACAGCAACUACAGUAAGUUGAAGUUUAUAGUAUCAAGUUCGGUUACUGAGGCAUGUAACAACUCAGUUCUGCUUCUUGGUCCCCGUGGCUGUGGAAAAAUUGCGGUGUUGGAGCUUGUUAUUGAAGAUCUAUUGAAAGAGUAUCCUGACAUGAUAUUAGUGAUAAAGCUGAAUGGACUUUUACACAGUGAUGACAAUUGCGCACUUAAGGAAAUUUCCAGACAAUUAUGUGUGGAACAUCAAUUGUUGUUCUCAAAAAUGGUAACAUGCCUAAUCCAUUUAAGAUCACAUGAUGCAUUUGGAACAUAAUUGAUCCAG